UUGCGUGUAAAAGAACUUCUUCACUUCUUGCCUAAAAAGGGCAAAUAGAAGUCCCCUAGUCUAUCUUCCAACUUCAAAUUAAUCAUUAUGUGUUCUUGAACUCUGUUUUUUUCUUUCUGAGAAAAAAAUUUGUUACUAAAUGUUAAUGGUAAUGCUGAGGAACAAUUCAAGAAGAGCUAUGAGCAGAAAACAGAGUCCCAUGACUGACAACAACUCCUUUUCUUCUCCAAUCCAAAGCAAUACAAACAACAACCCCAUUUCAUCCUUUUUAGCUUCUCCAAGAUUUUUCAAUGGUCUUUUAACCAGAAGCCUAUCUGAUAUUGUUGAGUCAGAAAUUAGCCCAAAAUCCAUUAUUGAUAGCAAAAAAAUGUUCAAUCUUGGAAACCCUUUUGGAUAUGACAGAAACAGCACAAAUUCAAUCACUUAUAUGGACAAAAAGCAUUCAACUUUAGAAGGUAUUAAACUUGCUCUGUUGGACCCUAUUGAGAAUGAAGAGAAAAAUAACACUACUUGCAGAAUGGUUCUGUUUGGAACAGAGCUUAAAGAUUUUGGUAUCAAGACUAAAGAUUCUCAAGUCUUAGCAUUUGGAAAUGUAAAAGAAGAAGAUGAAAAAGAUUCAUCAUUAAGUUUGAAGGAAAUGGAGAGUUCAGAAGACUAUACAUGUGUGAUCACUCAUGGUCCUAAUCCAAAAACAACUCAUAUAUUUGAUAAUUGUGUUGUUCAGAGUUGCUCUGUUUUGUCUGAAUCCAAAAAGGAGAAUCAAUGUUCAUGCUAAUUAAGAUUUGUCACUCUUGUGAAGUUGAUGUUGAAGAGGGCAAAAGACAAUGCUACAUGUACAGGCAAAGCUGAACCAAAACCAACUUCUCUUCUUUAGCUGCUUGUGUAUAAUUUAUCUAUGGUUCAUAACAUUUUAAUAUGUUCAAUGAUUUGUCUUCAUGAGUUUAAUAUUUAAAAUUGUUAGCAUUAAGUUUGUUAUAUUUUUCAAAUUUUAGGUUUAUAUCUGCUAUGUAUUGUAAUUUUAAUAGAUUUAUAUACAUAAUUUUAGGCUCUA